AUGCCAAGUCUUUUAAAAACUUGUUGUUACCUCGUCACCAACGUUGAGGGACAACAGCUUUCAUCAGGGAGGGAAGAGAAGGAAGAGCGAGAGGGUAAAGGACGAGGGAAUGGGAAGGAAAAGGGAAGGAGGGAGGGAAAGGCGGAUGAGAGAGGGAAAAGAGGAAGGGGAAGGAGAAGAGGAAAAGGAAAGAGAAAGAGGGAAAGGGAAAGAAUGAGGAAUAAGGGAAAGGGAAAGAGGAAAGCGAGAUGGGAAAGAAAAAAAAAAGGAAAAAGGAAAGAGAGAGGGGAGAAGGGAAAUAGAGAGGGAAUAAGGAAAAGGGAAAGGAAGGAGGAUAAACAAGAGCAAGGGAAUACACAAAUACACCCACCCACCAACCCAUACACAAACCUACACUCUCAACCUACAUACCUAAAAGAAAAUGUAAAAAAAGGAACCGAAGAGAAGACCUAA